AGUGCUGAAGAGCUCUGAGGAGCAGCCGGUGUCCCCAGAAGGUCCGGCGGCUUUGAGUGACUACGAUUUAAGCAAGCCCCCCGAAAUGGAAACCGUGGGUGGUGCGGAAGCCGCAGACAAGGAGCAGGCAGACGCGGGAGGUGAGCCGUGGUGCGCAGACCGCAGCCUGCCGGGUGCAGACAAUUCAGUGAAAGUGGAGGAUGAAUACAGUGAAAGGGAGGAGAGUGUAUUAAAGCCAGAGCCCCUGGGAAAUAUGGAGGAGCCUGAAACCCCGUACAGCUACGCAAGAGAAUACGGUGAAUACGAGAACGUGAAGCUGGAGAGACACGCUGCCUCCUACGACGGCGGCAGGCCAGCUGGAGGCAAGAUGAGCUGCGACGUGUGUGGGUUAUCCUGCAUCAGCUUCAAUGUCCUAAUGGUUCACAAGCGGAGCCACACUGGUGAACGCCCAUUCCAGUGUAAUCAGUGCGGGGCAUCUUUUACUCAGAAAGGUAAUCUCCUCCGCCACAUUAAGCUGCACACAGGGGAAAAACCUUUCAAGUGUCACCUCUGCAGCUACGCGUGCCAAAGGAGAGAUGCACUCACAGGGCACCUCAGGACACAUUCUGUGGAGAAGCCCUACAAAUGUGAGUUUUGCGGGAGGAGCUACAAGCAGAGAAGUUCCCUAGAGGAGCACAAGGAACGCUGCCGCACGUGUCUCCAGAGCUCCGACCUGGCGGAUGCGGCAAGUGCAGAGGCAAGACACAUCAAAGCAGAGAUGGGAAGUGAAAGAGCCCUGGUUCUGGACAGAUUAGCAAGCAAUGUGGCAAAACGAAAGAGCUCGAUGCCGCAGAAGUUCAUUGGGGAGAAGCGCCACUGCUUCGACGUGAGCUAUAACUCCAGCUACCUGUACGAGGACAGUGAGAUGAUGCAGACCCGCAUGGACCAAGCCAUCAACAGCGCCAUCGGCUACCUCGGUGCCGAAGCCCUACGCCCCCUGGUCCAGACACCGCCCGCGCCCCCGGCCUCCGAGAUGGUUCCGGUCAUCAGCAGCAUGUACCCCAUAGCCCUCACCCGGGCCGAGAUGCCCAAUGGUGCCCCCCAGGAGCUGGACAAGAAGAACAUCCCCCCGCCAGAGAAGAGCCUGCCUUCCGACAGAGCCCUCUCCCCCAACAACAGCGGCCACGACUCCACAGACACCGACAGCAACCACGAAGAACGCCAGAAUCACUUCUACCAACAGAACCACAUGGUCCUGCCCCGCGCCCGUAAUGGGGUGCCACUCCUGAAGGAGGCCCCGCGCGCCUACGAACUCCUCAAGCCCCCGCCACUCUGCCCAAGAGACUAUGUCAAGGUGGUUACCAAGGAUGGGGAGGUGACAGAUGUGUUCCGGUGUGACCACUGCCGCGUGCUCUUCCUGGAUUACGUGAUGUUCACCAUCCACAUGGGCUGCCACGGCUUCCGAGACCCCUUCGAGUGUAACAUGUGUGGGUACCGCAGCCAAGAUCGGUACGAGUUCUCGUCUCACAUCGCCAGGGGCGAGCACAGGGCCAUACUCAAGUAGGGUCUGGCCAGGCUGAGGCGCUCCCCAGGGACUGCACACCCUGUUAAUGGCCUCCAAGUCCAGGAUUCCUUCUACACCAUUCUUAAUAAGCAGAGAAACACUGUCCAU